UUUUUUUCUGUCUGUGUGUGAACACCGGAAGUCACUUUCCUGGGUUUACUCAUCUGUCAAUCAUCGAUCUUUCCCCGCCCUCCCAGGCCUCCUUCUGGCCCUGCUGUCACUCAGCCGCCAGCUCCGCCCACUGUUUUCCCAGUCACUGUGUCUGGUCUGUCAGUCACGCACCUGAGCCCCGCCCGUGCCCUCCCCGUGAGGAGCUGUCAGUUAUCAGCUUAAGCCCCGCCCUCAGAGUCCAGCGUUCGUCACUUCCUGUGUCACUGAGUGAAUGCAGUGAAGAAUCCAGGACAUCAACGGCCGCUGGCGACCGUUAUUACCACGUUAAUGAGCUGUGAAUGUUAAUGAGCUGUGUGAAUAUUCAUGAGCUCUGUAUCUCCCGCCGCAGCCGGGCCGCGUGGCCAUCGUGACUGGCGCCACCGAGGGCAUCGGGCUCAGCACCGCGCGGCAGCUGGCGCGGCUGGGCAUGCGCGUCGUCGUCGCCGGCCACGACGAGCUGAAGGGACGGGAGGUCGUCAGCGCCAUCCGGGCGGAGUCGGGGAGUGACGAGAGCGCGCACUUCCUGUUCCUGGACCUCGCCUCCCUGGCUUCCGUGCGCGGCUUCGUGCGCGACUUCCGGGCCUCGGGGCUGCCCCUGCACGUGCUCGUCAACAACGCGGGCGUGAUGAUGGAGCCGCGCGGCGAGACCCAAGAUGGCUUCGAGCGCCACCUGGGCGUGAACUUCCUGGGCCACUUCCUGCUGACGCGGCUGCUGCUGCCCGCGCUCCGCGGCUCCGCCCACGGGGGUGACGUCACCCGGAGGCAGGGGCGGGGCUCACGCAUCGUCACGGUCGCCUCCGCCACGCACUACGUUGGAGAGAUGGACAUGGCGGACCUGCAGGGCCGCUCCGCCUACUCCCCGCACGCGGCCUACGCACAGAGCAAACUCGCGCUCGUCCUCUUCUCCCUGCGGCUCCAGCGCCUCCUCGCCGCGCGCCGCGACCCCGUCACCGCCAACAUGGCCGACCCGGGCGUGGUCGACACCGCGCUCUACAGGCACACGUGGUGGGGCACGCGCGCCGUGAAGCGCGCGCUCGGGUGGCUGCUGUUCAAGACCCCGGACGAGGGCGCCUGGACCUCGGUGUUCGCAGCGGCCACGCCCGCGCUGGAGGGGGUCGGGGGUCGCUACCUGCGCGACGAGGCGGAGGCGGAGCCACUGGGGGCGGCGCAGGACCCAGCGCUGCAAUGGCGGCUGUGGGCGGAGGCGAGCAGGCUGACGGGCGUGGCCGAGGACAUUGACUGACACACGCUGCGGGGGCGGGGCCACACCCGAGGUCACACCCAGGAAACCAUUGAAGCAAUAAAAUUGUCCAUCCCCCUGCCUCA